CGGCUGGUCUCGGAGACAGUGCUUGGAACUACUGGCUUCGUGGAGCUUGUGGAACAUCCCGUGUGUAGCCUCGGAAGAGACAGAUUGUCUGUUCACAGCAGUUGCCGUCCGGUAUCCGAGCCCUUAAAGCGGAUGGACCAUACGCCGCCACGCGGGUACAACCCCCGGAGCGGAGCGAAGGCCCUGUACUCCAGCGGUCCCACUCGGAGGAGCGGCCGGUACACUCCCCUACCCAGCGUACACGUACCCGGCGCCUACGGGGCCGAGAGGACCGCCCGACGAUGAGAAGGCACCUGCCGUGCCUGCAUCCGAAGGUUGCUUUGGUAGGAGACGCCGCCCGCUGGCUUCUGCUUCAGUCGAGGUUCACGUCCUUGCAGGACUUAAAGCAGCGGUUUAAAAACGAAUUCCUUCUCCCGGAUUACGAUUACGAAUAUCGUGUCGUGGAGGAGCUGCACAAGCGUACUCAGCAUUCAGAUGAUACCUUGGCAGAAUUCGUACGGGCCCUGCAAGACCUGUACAGCAGAGCAGAACCAACUGCUACAGAGCAGCAGCAAGUAGCACGGGCUAUCCGUCAGUACCACCCACGCUUCCGGCCCUAUCUUCGAGCCCAUCGCUUUGACAGCCCUGAAGCGUUGGCGCAGGUGGCUCGUACGUACCAUAGAGGGCGACCUCCUGGCCGAACUCGAAUAUCGGCCAGGCGAAUAUCGGCCGCGCCUGAAUUGGCGUUAGAACCACGCUGUGCGUGUUCAGCGGGAUCAGCCUCGGUCGAACGCCUACCUGCAGUGGGACAGGAUGAGCACCACCGCUAUCCUUUGCGGUGCCAUCCUGCCGAGCAAUUGAUCCCUUCCGUCAUGGACAGAGGGCGAUCCCCGCAAGAACGGGUCAUGACAGACCCGACCUGCCUAAUUAUCGUGGUCAACCCGGCAACUCAGCUGGCGAAACCGCUGACAGGCAGCGGGAACGACAGCGUCUGCUGCGCCCGCAGUCGCGAAGGUCCGCCGGCUGUUAGAAUUGCGUUAGCCCCGAACAUUUUCGUCGGGACUGCCCGCACCGAGGGCCGAAUACCGGUAAUGUGCCAACGGGAAACGGCCGCAGCCGACGUCCAUGAACGCUCGCUUAACGACGUCGGCUAUCUGCCGAAAGAGCGAACGAACGGUCGCAAGCAGCGCACUUCAUCAUGCAAAAGCUGGCUCUGAAAGCAGCAACACAACCAAAGGAGACGCAUUAGCCCCUUUUGCUCCCUCUGUUCGGAAUGGCAUUCAGGACAGAGAACCAAACAUCGCCGUUCGCAUUUUGGGCAGAAACCACAUCGCCCUUAUCGACACGGGAGCUACACUCUCCCUCAUCGGCGACUGUGUUUACGGGUACUGCCUGCAAAGACAAGUAGUUCUGCAGACUACUGAUGUCACCCUCCGUCGUGCUUCCAAAGACGUCAUUCCAGCACAAUCUGCAGUUGUGCCCUGGCUCCGUUUCGAUGAGAGACGGCGAAAGCAGCGCUUUGUUCACCUUCCUAGCUUGGCAGUGCCCGUUAUCCUGGGCAGGGAUUUCAUCAUCCGGCAGAAGUUGGCGCUGGACCUGCCCAAUGGAGGAUACGUAUACCACGGCUCGACAGGGUUCUUCCCCUUCGCCACGGCAGCGGACGACUGCACGGCACAGCAAGCUGCAGCAGUCUCCGCCGAACCGUCUGCACUCCCGACUGUCUUAGGGUCAUUCCAUGGUCCUGAGGAGGAGCACCGUCAGCUUCAACAAGUACUCGGCAGUACGACAGUAUCUUCACGG